CUUCAGCAAUCUGAAUCCAGUUUGCUGAAUCCACCGCAAACCAACUGAUCAUACAUACCACAGAUUUCAAAGCAAAGCAAAGCAAAGCUAGAGCUUCUUCUGCACUUUCAUACUUCAAAAGGGUGGCUGUUGUCCACGCUGGACUCACAAUUUGUCCAGGAUUUGUGAGUAUUUUCACCGACUGCGAGGUUUGUUUUUUGCCCGCAUUUGGAGUUGCAGGUGAAUGGAGCUAUGGUGAAAUCACCGGCUGAGUGGCUUCAUGGGGUCAAAUGGGCAAGAGCUGCAGUCAAACAAGGGAUGAAAGCAGGUAACCGAUGGCUUCUCAUGCGCAAGCAAGGUCUGCAAAAUGGAAGAAGACUUACAAAACAAAACAUGAUGAUGGCGUUUUCAAGGUAGUGCCGAGGUAGUGUGGUGCGAGGCGGUGCGGCAUUGAUGCUUGAUCUGCGUCGCAAGCAACAACAACGCAGGCUUUAGUGAUGCCACCCACUGCUACUGCCCCACUGACACUGCUUUUUGCCUUCCCUCCGUCCCCUACCCUGACGCCUCUCCAUCUCCACUGCGCCUGAACGAUCUGUGCCAGGCUCCCGCAGAUUGCGCACACUCAGAAGCUGUGGUCUUGUUGGUGCGAUUUGUGGCGGAGGUUGUGAAUAUGGGUCGAUAGCACCUGUCGUUUUGUGGAUGCUGAUUAAGUUGCGGUGAUUGCGAGUUGAAUGUCAACUCUGGCGGCUACCCCAUUGCGAGGCUGAGCUGGGUUUUGUGGUUGUCAUUCAUAGGGAUAUGUAUCUCUGUCCAUGGUCUUGCAUUUUUGGUGCUGCAGCUCACUCGCGGAGUGUCAUGUGAAGACGAAUUGGGAGCCGUGCAUAUCUAGGGUCGGGAGAUUGAAUUUCGCUGCACGUAGACUUGCGUACGCUCGCUCUUGCCUGCGUUGAGACGCUCUUGAAGGGUUCAAGUUUCCUGCGAGAGCUUAAGGACUGCAGAUCAAGAUAAGUGGGAGCCAUGGUGGUGGUUCGAUUGAGCGUCGUCGGACGAGCUUGUCAUCUGGGAGCUUGAGUUUUGCCCGUGAGCUAGUAGGGUCGCUGUUUUGCUCCGCUACAUCGUGAUAGCGAAGCCUUGCAGUGAGGUAGCAGAAGCCAUGUCGUCGUCAUCAAGAGGGUUCGUGACGCUUGCAGUAUGCACGAGCAGCAAUAGCAGCAGCAGCAGCAGUAAUAGGCUGCUAAGCUCUUGGCUGACCGGCGGGGUUGGCUGGAGAAUAUUAGUGGAAUGAUUUCGGGAUUGAAAAUUUGGUGGACCUGGGAUUGUUAUCUUUUUCAUGCAGGUACGAGGGGAAAUGUUAAGAAUCUGCCAUCUGCACACAAUGUGGAUUUGGAUACGGACGUGGUGGGCAGUUGCCUACGUGAUUCAGAACUUGGUUGUGAGCGUGGUGGCUCUCCUGAGCAGCGAGGCGCGAACAAUGCAGCAGCUGCAGCAGGAGCUCCGUGUGCGGGAGAGCUCAUGGCCUGCGUUAGAGGAUCCUUGCACGAGGUGGCAAGGGGUGCAAUGUGAGGGCGACCACGUAAAAAGCAUACUUCUGAGUGAUCUCCCGAGACAGUCCAACGAAACUAUGCAUGUUUACCUCGACGUCAUCCAGGGUUUACCCAACUUACGAGAGCUCAAUGCAUCAGGUUUCCCGCUCCGGCGACCAAUCCCUGAUUCGUUCACAAGCCUUAGAGCCCUACAAGUACUGGAUCUGACGGCGACUGUGAUCGAUGGGGGCAUACCCACGACGCUGGGCAAUUUGUCAAGCUUGAGGUUUCUGUCUCUUGCAAGCAAUGAGCUCACGGGGAGCAUCCCAGAGUCGAUUGGCAACCUCGUGAAUCUCGUUUCCCUAAACCUGUCGUUCAACAGGCUGCUAGGCCCCAUUCCGUCGGGCUUGUUUAACGCAACAGGGUUAGUGAAUAUAGACCUCUCUCAUAACAAUCUCACAGGGCACUUGCCACCAGCAGUUGGUAGGCUUGCCAUGUCGCAAUCCUUGGUUGUGUCGAAUAACGAGCUCACGGGUUCGCUGCCUUCGCAGCUUGGGAACCUCACAUUCUUGAAACAGCUAGACUUGUCGCACAAUCUUUUCUCGGGCGCAAUCCCACCCGACCUCGGAAAACUGAGGAACUUAGAUGUUUUGACCCUCGAAACUAACAAUCUCAGCGGGAAAUUCCCCCCAGAAAUCUCACAAUGUACAAGUCUCCGUAUUUUUAACAUGCGGCAGAAUCAAGUGGAGGGGGUUCUCUCUGAAGCAAUUGGCGACUUGCGGAAGCUCGUCACGCUCGAUGCCUCCAGCAACCGCAUGACAGGUCUUUUGCCCUCAGGGGUAGGCACCUUCGUGCUGCUCCAGACCCUGGACAUUGCUCACAAUUACUUCUAUGGAUCGAUUCCGGAACUCUUUGGGACGCUGCAGAAUAUACAAUCCUUAAACCUCUCCAACAAUUUCUUCAACGGCAGUCUGCCGGUCGGACUCAUACCCAACGCAGUGUUGAAGAAGAACUGCCUUACAAGUUCCCCGGGGCAGCAUGCUCCUCGCACAUGCUUCAAAUUCUAUGCCAGGCACGGUGUGAUCUUCGGUGAGCACGCCUCUUCCCCAGAUUCAGCUCCCCAAACCCCAAUCCUGUUCCUACCCCCGCCAUCUCCCACCUCUGAAGCCACCACCAAGCACUUGGUGCCCAUUCUCGCUGGUACCCUGGGCGGUGUGGUCCUGAUCGUCGUGAUCGCAUCCCUUGCCGUCUGUUUCCACCUCUGCGAAAAGAAGCCCAAGAAUCUUGACGCAUCGGGUAGGACUCAUGGAAGCGUCGGCAGUGCACGAGGGGGCUCCGCAAGGGUCAGCGCUGCAGCGGUGCCCACGAACCGCAUGGGUGAGGUUUUCUCAUACGCCCAGCUGCAGCAAGCCACGAAUAACUACGCAUCUGAGAAUCUAAUCUGCAACGGCCACUCCGGGGAUUUGUACAAGGGCCUGCUGGAGAGCGGGGCGAUGGUGGCUGUCAAGAGAAUAGACCUCACCAAGGUUCGCACGCAGUCGUAUCUGCAGGAGCUGGAGGUGCUGGGGCGCGCUUCCCAUACCCGGCUAGUGUUGCUGCUCGGUCACUGCCUUGACAGAGAUGAGGAGAAGUUUUUGGUAUACAAGUAUACGCCGAACGGCACCUUGGCGUCUGCACUGCACAAGAAAAGCAGUCCCCGGCCCUAUGAGGAUGGUUUACAGAGCUUGGAUUGGAUCACUCGGCUCAAGAUUGCGAUCGGUGUUGCGGAGGCGCUCUCGUACCUUCACUCUGAAUGCUCCCCGCCCAUUGUUCACAGAGAUGUGAAGGCAAGCAGCAUCCUUCUGGAUGACAAGUUUGAGGUCAGGCUCGGGAGCUUGAGCGAUGCUAGGGUGCAAGAUGGAAACUCUCAUCCUAGUCGCCGCAUUACCCGUUGGCUCGGCUUGUCGCAACCAUCAGACUCAGGAGAUUCAGGUCUAGGGUUUUCAACCAGCUCUGACGUUUACAGCUUCGGAGAGGUGCUGAUGGAGCUUGUAUCAGGGAAGCUUGGCAUAAGCGGGACAAAAACAGACCCUGAAAGUGAGGCCUGGCUGGAGUGGGCGCUGCCACUGAUCAACGUGCACGACAAGGAGUCCCUGCCCAAGCUAGUGGACCCAUCGCUCAUCGUGGACGAAGACCUACUUGGAGAAGUCUGGGCCAUUGCUAUAAUCGCCCGUGCAUGCCUCCACACCAAGCCCCACAAGCGGCCCAGUAUGCGUCAUGUGCUGAAGGCGCUGGAGAAUCCGCACAAGGUAGUGCGAGAGGAGCAUUUUGGAGAAUCCUUUCGGAGAAACGAAAUGCGGACGUCGUCCCACAGCUCCUGGAACGAGGCUCUGUUCGGAAGCUGGCGGUAUCACCAUAGUAAGGAUGCGGCCGUGACGAGCUUGCGGGAGGAUGGCUACCAUUGCACCCUGUCUGUUGCGAAGUCUUGUGGGAUGGCUUCGUCUAGUGCUCCACCGCACGCCAGGCGGGGCUCCAGUGACACUGCACCUGAACCCACCGAGGAAGAUCCACAUGAUAUGCUGUAAAGGGUUCACAAUUCAAGGGCAUUUUCUGCAAUGGCAGGCUCCUUGCGGCUUAAUUCUUUAAGAUAGAUUCAAUGGUCCUUCGCUGGUGAGAAGGAACAGUGGUGUACACUUUCUAGAGGCCAUUUCAGAAAACAAAACAAAAAACUUUGCACCUCCUCUACAUCGCCACUGAAUCAUUCUGCUGCCCUACUUGUACACGACCUUUUGACAGCAAACGGCGUCUUAGCAAGUGCUGAGUAGGUUUGGAGUGUUCCCUUUGUGUAACUUGAUAUGGGCCCCUGAUCAGCUAGUUUUUUCUCAUGCAAGCUUCAACCAUUGUGAAGCUCAAUUGCAUUUGUUGGAAUCUGGCUACAGGUGCCGAACGCUUACUUAUUAGGUGGAGAAAGUGAGUCAAUUUAGCGGAAAAGAAUCUUAGCUACUUCUUUGAGAUAGUUUUCAUUUUCUAGAGAAUGCUGAUGUUGCAACAUUUCUAUUUUGAUAGGAGAUUCUGCGGAGGUUAUCAGAGCUCUAGGUGAGUUGAUUGACAUAGAAAUCUCUUAUCAUAGGGAAACAAUUGGAAGAGUUCUGGAAAAACCUGGUGCUAUAUCCUUUCAUCAGCCAUUUGCCUAGCAAGCACAGAUGGAUUUUUGCGGCAAACUUGGGUUCCACAACCAUGGUUUCCAAGAGUUUCAGCCUCCCCUGAUGCGAGGAAUUGAAUAUGUAAAUCCAAUGAGUAUUUUUUUUGUAUUUGAACGAGGCCUCUUUGAAAUAUUUCGUUCUUCUAGGUCGCCCUAACCUGA